CGAAGAAGAACGCGGUCUAUGAUGCGCACCCCUCCGCCAAUAUGAAGGCACUCCGGGCAGCUUCUGCCUUUGAUUUUAUAGAAUAAGCCUUGUUAUUUCUACAAGUGCUGAAUCCACGCACUGGACUAAAGUAGAUGCGACGCCGAAUUUAUAUCUUGGUCCUGCAGAAUGUCCAAGAUCAGGCGGAAGGUAACAGUGGAGAAUUCAAAAACCAUAUCUGACAGCAGCAGCAGCACUACGACCAGCAGCACCAGCAACCCCGCCGCCCCCUCCCGCAGGCCCAGUGUAUUUGAAAGACUUGGCCCCAGUACUGGGAGUAAUGCUGCUGAUAGUCAUUGUAGAAACUGGCUGAAGACAGGUAAUUGCAGUUACGGCAACACUUGUCGCUACACACAUGGAACUCAACCGCGGGGCAAAGGAUUUAGCUUUAGUCGGUCAGCCGAGAGACCCACAGGUGAUCUGCGGGAGAGGAUGAAGAAUAAAAGACAGGAUGUUGAUCCAGAAAAUCUGAAGCGAGACCUAGACGAGCCCACAUCCCCCACAGCUAGACCGAGAGACCCCUCCAGAGGCAGACGCAGGGAAAAGGAGGAUAUAAAGAUUACAAAGGAGCGCACCCCAGCCAGUGAAGAAGAGCCCACAGAGUGGGAAACUAAUCGUGAAGAUUCAGAUAUCGGUGAUUACGACUACGAGUUAUCCUUAGAGAUGAAGCGCCAGAAGAUUCAACGCGAGCUGAUGAAACUGGAGCAAGAGAACUUGGAAAAGCGGGAGGAAAUUGUUAUCAAGAAAGAUGAGGCCCCCAUCAAAACAAGAGCCACUGCCAUGUCGAAGGCCUCCCCAGAGCAGUUAAGCAGUAAAGAUUCACCUUCAUCCAGGAAGUCAAGUGGAUCCCCAAAACACAAAAGUGGAACCAAAGGCCUGGGCUCUGGGAAGAAAGAGAAGAAGGCGUCCGUAUCCUCCCCAGUUUCAGAAACGGCCAGGUCUUCUAAAGGGGGCCACAGUAAGAAGAAGGGGCCUCGAACCCCCAGUCCUCCUCCGCCAGUCCCUCUGGACCUUCCUGUGAUGGGGAAGAAACACAAAGGCAAGCACAAGAACAAGGAGAAGUCUGAGGAGAAGCAGAAGGAGGGGAAAGAUCGGGGACGCGAUACAGAGAAACACAAAGAGAAGAAGGAAAAACGCAGGGACCGAUCAGACAGUUCACACAAGGCCAAGCGGUCAAUUACAUCAGAGGAGCGUUCUGGCAGCGUGUCAUCGCCUUCUCGGGGCACUUCUCCCUCAGCUAGGAAGAAAUCCACCUCGCCUAAAGCUUUGUCCCACAAGGCCCCUGCACCGGCCUCCCCUCCUCGCAGGUCUCCCUCUCCACCACGCCGCCAGCGCACCCCCACGCCUCCCCGGCACCACUCCCCUUCAUCCCACUCGGGUUCCUCUGCCCAGCGACACUCUCCGUCUCCUCGUCGGCGUCGCUCCUCCUCUCCAGCCUACCACCGGAGCACGGCAGCCCAGGCCUCCGCCCCCUCCCCUCCGAGCUCCCGGCGCUCCCGAUCACCUCCUGCCUCCCACGAAGCCUCCUCGCCCCACCGCAGGUCUGACCGGUCGAGCCCUAGCCGGAGACACUCGAGGGGCCGCGAGAGGAGCCGUGGUGAAAGAGAGAGGAGUCCGCCUGCCCAGGAGCGUAGACAUGAGCGGAGAGAUGAAAGCCGCAGCAAGCGAGAGAAGGACAGCAUCCGCGAUGACCGCGACUAUGACUCUGAGCAGGUCUCUUCACGGGACGCCCGCGAUGACAGGGAGACCAGAGAGGCCCGCGAGAGACGGGAUGCUCGUGAACGAGGAAGGGAAACGACCAGAGACUCUCGUGACCACAGAGACACCAGGGACGUGAAGGACUCCAGAGACAGCAGGACAGAGACCCGCUCCAGUCGAGAGUCGCUGGAGAUUCGUGACCGUGAACGGGAACGAGAGAGGGACCGGGAAAAGGAGAGGGAAAGGGAGCGGGAGAAGGAGAGGGAAAGGGAGAGGACUGACACCCACAGGAAGGAGGAACCGGCUCAGGAGGAUAGGAGUUAUGGAAGAGGUCAUGGAAGGGAAGAUGGAGGGAGAGCCGAAGGAAGAACGGAGAACAGGACGGACAGAGCUGAGAGGAAUGGACGAGGGAGAGGGCGUGCCAAUGAAACGUCUGAUAAAGGCUCAAACAGAAACUCUCGGAGCUCCCAACUGGAAAGCAGCCAUGACAACUGGGAGUCACGAAGCAGUGGGGUGCGUGAGCGGAGUGCAGAGAGGAGCACAGACCGCAGCGCCACCGAGAGAAGCUCAGAGAGGGGUUUAGACCGGGACCGCUACGAGGUUGAAAGGAGAGGAGAGCCGACCAGAGACUCCUCCUACGACAGGAGAGGAGGGCAUGGAGAGCGGGAUCGCAGAGACAACCGAGAGAGAGAUCAAAGAGCAGCCUCUCCCAACAGACACCAGGGAAGAUCCGAGGAGUCUGAGAGGGAUGACAGGAGGGACGAUCGUAGGAACGACAGAACGGAGGACAGACGAGACGACAGGGCCCGCGACCGGGAGCGAGAGAGGGAAAGGGAGAGGGACAGAGAGAGGGAGAAGGAGAAGGACAGGGAGCGAGAGAGGGAGAGGGAAAAGGAGCGAGAGAAGGAGAGAGAGGCCGAGAGGGAGCGGGCCAGGGAGAGAGAGCGGGAGAGGGAGAGAGAGCGAGAGAGGGAAAGGGAGCGCGAGGAGAGGGAGAGGGAGAGGGAGGAGCGGGAGAGGGAGAGAGAGAGGGAACGGGAGAGGGAGAGGAAGGAGCGGGAAAGGGAGAGAGAGAGGGAGAGGGAGCAGCGGGAACGCGAGAGGCAGCGAGAGUGGGAGGAGCGAGAGAGAGGACGAGAGGAGAGGCGGGAGAGGAGAGAGGACACCAGGGACGACCGGUCUGUUCGAGACAACCGGGACGACCGCAAACUGAGCCGAAAGAGGACCAGGGUGGAGAGCAGCCCGAGCCCCCGACCGUCACCCAAGCGAGCGACACGAGACCUCAGUCCAGCAGACAGCGAUGGCUACAACAGUGGAGAGGACAAAAGUAGUGACAAACAUCGUCUGCUGAGCCAGGUGGUGCGCCCCCAGGAGCCCUUGCUACGUUCUCCACCACGGACUCUUUCAUCUGAUGAAAAGCCCGGUCACUGGAAGGACGAGGAGCGCAGAGGAGGCGGGGACAAGCGGGAAGUACGCAGCCGCCUUGACGACCUGGAGCCACGCGGAGAACGCAGCCGAGGCGGCGAAAGGCGUGGAGAGCAUCUUGCAGACACCCCCACUGACUCCCGUGGCAGAGGCAGAGACCAGCGAGAGUCCACACCACCUCCGGUUCCUGUCGCUGUCAGCGAAGACAGAGAGAUCGUUGGCUCCCAGUCCCAUGAGGAGGGCAAAAAGAAGACAAAAUCGCAGAGGAAAGGCUUAAAGAAGGGUCGCAAAGAUGAGGAGAUUGGCGCUGCCAACAGCUUGGCUGUUGCGGGAGAUCGUUUCAACCCCGAACCGCCAACUGGCAGUUCUACAGAUGGACCUCCACCCUUAUACUCCCCCAGGAAAGGAGCCAAGAAGAAGGCACUUGAGCGAAAGAGGAAACGGUCUCGAGGAGGAGAAUCUGAUGUGUCUGACGAGGACUCAGCAGCUCAUCAGCCACAUAGUAAGAGGAAGAGAGGCCCCCGGACACCUCCACCUUCCAUGAGGCCUGAUAACCGUGGAACUGGAGGCAACACAGAGCCGUCUCCACUGUCCAAAAUGGACAACUUCAGUGACUGGUCAGAUGAGGAGGUCACAGACCGACCAAUUGAAACGCAAGCUCCCCUGGCUCCUGCUGAGAGGGCUCCUGCUGAGCCCCUAAGGAGAGGUGUUCCCAGGGGCGGCAGGGACAGGGACCGGUGCAACCCCCCUGCCAUUGCCCCCCUAAUCCCCCAGGAUCCUCCGAUGCUACUGCAGACUCUCACUCCACAGCCUCUCAUGUCCCAGCCCCUGCUCCGCAAGCCUCCACCAGAGCAGGUGCGCAGUAGCAGCAUGGGCAGCAACCAGAGCCGCGCAUCAUCCAGACGCCUGCGAUCACCCUCCAACGAGUCCGCCCACAGAGAAGAUCCCCAAGUCCCGCGAUCCCGCCGAGGCCGGCUGCAAGGCACCAACUCUCGUGACCGGGAACGUGAGCGAGAGAGGGAGCGUGAGAGGGAAAGAGAGCGAGAGAGGGAGCGGGAGAGAGAACGGGCGGUCGUGAAUGACCCUCCAGGGGCCGAGAGGAAGUCUCGAAUUGACCAGCUGAGGAGAGGAGAGCCCAGCCGCAGCACUUCCUCAGACCGUCAGGAUUCCCGCAGCCACAGCUCGAGACGCAGCUCUCCUGACUCUGAGAGGCAGGCCAGGUCCCGUGCCGGCUCUUACGACAGCCGAGAAAGGGAGCGAGAUAGGGAGCCUUUUGAGCGGGAGCGAGACCGGAAGGAGCUCAGGCCUCAGCAGCAGCAACAGCAGCAGCAGCCACUCCUCCUCCAACAGCCCCUACAACAGCAGAGGGACUGGGAGCCCGAACCUAGGGACUGGCCUAGCAGGGGACGGGAACCUCUACUGAUGCGUCCUGGACGUGAGCCUCUCUUGAGGGAGCGGGAUAUCAGGGACAGAGAACGCUUACUCCCCGAAGGACUCAUCCAGCAGCAUGAACGAGAGCGGGAAAGGGAGCGAGAGAGGGAGCGGGAGAGAGACGGCAGAGGCGACAGAGGCGGCGACCGAGAGAGGGAGAGGAUGAUGAUGAUGGACCUGCCGCCCCACGGCGACCCCAGAGCUCCAGGACGAGGGGAACUGAGAGGUGACAUCCGAGGAGACCUGCGAGGGGAUAUGAUGAGACAGGACAGGGGCGACUAUGAGCCUCUGCUGCCAAGAGAAGCCUUCAGCCCUGCAGAGCUGGAGAAACCAAGCAACAGUCACCAUCUGAUGGGAGAGCCGCGGGAGCUGGAAAAGGCGGACAGCAUCGACGGAGACGACGAUGGGAAAGAAGACGAUGGGCAGUCUGUUGCAUCUGUUGGAGAGGAGUAUGAACCAAUCAGUGAUGAUGAGCUUGAUGAAAUUCUGGCUGACAGCCAGAAAAAGGAGGAUCAGCAAGAUGAUGAGAAAAUCACAGGACCUCUGGAUGUGAUUGAUGUGGACUGGUCCAGUCUGAUGCCCAAGCAGAAGCAGGAGCCGCGGGCAGCAGGGGCAGCGUUGCUCCGGUUCACCCCGGGGGCCGUGCUUCUUAGGGCAGGCAUCUCCAAGCGACUUGCUGGGCCUGAGCUCCUGGAGCAGGUCAGAGAGGUGUGCAAGUCUGAACUGGAUGACCCCAAAGAUGCUGAAAAGCUGUUUGAGCAUGAUCUGGGGGCUCUAAAUAUGGCAGCCCUCAACAGGCGGGUGGAGAGGGCAGGGUUACUGAGCAACCUUGGGCCCUGCUGCAAGGCCCUGUGUGCCCGCAGAGACUUCGCCAUACGCCGGCAGCUGCUAAAAAAUGACAAGGGCCUCACCAAGCAGUACCCCGUUCCGCCAGUGGUUGACAACGAGCUGCUACAGAUGAGCAUGCGUCUCUUCAGAAGGACCAUGGCCGGUCAGGCCUCAGGCCCAGAGAGGUCCGACGGUGGGUCAGCACCAGCAGCCGACGUGGCUGCAGCUGGUAGUAGUAGUAGUAGUAGUAGUAAGCUCAGCACUGCACAGCCUGAGGUGUGUGUGUCCUGAACGAAAAUGGGUUUUUAUUCAGACAAAACACAUGAAAGUGAACACUUCUAAGCCCUUCCUUCUUCUUCUCCCGACUCUGUCCCAUUUCAUUACAUACCUAGCCUUUUUAGUCAUGAGAAUAAAGAAAAACGGCAACAUUGUGAAUCUUACUCAGUGAUGCUUUACAUAUUUUGGACGAUCUGCAAGUGCUGUGCCAUAGACUACUGGACAUUCUAGCCUAUGGAGGUAUGUAAUGAACCAUGUACGAGAAAUUUAAAAACCACAACUAAAAUGACGUCAUGUGUUUUUUUUGUUUUUUUUUCUGCAUUACAGUGUUUUAGAGCAGCUUUUAAUUGUCCGUGUCACCUGUCUAACCGACUUUAAUGACUGUUUUGUUUUCAUAUAUUGUGCAUUUGGUUACUACAACUGUGCAUUAAAUGGUUAGAUGUUAAUUUUUGUAACGGGUCUUUUGCUUUGUAUGAAGUGACUGUUCAGCCUUCUGAUAAGGUGACUCUUGAUGAUAUUACCAUUUUGUUUACGCCAUAUUACAAAAUACCUGCUGAGCAAAUCUUGUCGCAUUUGCGGCAGAGUGUUACUGACCAACGACACUGAAACAUCCUGCAGGGACUUGAAUGUUUUCUCGUGAAUAAGCACUGCCAAACUAUUCCUUUUAUCGAAUGUCAUUUGUUACAUCUGUCAGUCAUUGGAAAACAUUAUUGCUUGAUGUAUUUGUUUUGAAUGGUUUGGCAAUGUCUCCCUGAACUGAACUGAAGUGAGCGCAGAGCACACUGUAGACUGCAGAGUCCCAGAUCUCCAACACUGCCAUGUGGAACUCUCCAGCCCAACACCAUCCAAAAAGGAGCCAAAAAUGUGCGCAAUAGGAAAAGACACUAGGCUGCUUAGAUUUAAAAAAAAAAAGAAAAAAAAAAUGCCUGAAAAGAUAAUUAAUUGCAACCUCACAUCACGUUUGGGUUCCAGUUGUUGACCGUCCAGAGUCACAAUAAAAGACUGGUACAAGUGGAUAAACUGAACCUCUGGGAUGUGGUUAUAUCAACACUCUUAGUCCAGCAGUUGAAACUUGAAAAGAGACAAGGUUGUGCUCGGACACAAAAUCAAUGGACAAGCCAGCGUCAGUGAAGCACUGACCAGUUUAAAGAACCUAAUAAGAAUGGGGAAGGCUGUUAUCUUAGAGCCCUGGAUUCAACACGAUGCACCCUCCCACCCACGCAACUGUGACUUGAAAUCUAAGUGACAUUACAGACAAGAAGAGAUUGGGCUCUGAUAUAGCCACCGUCUUUUUAGUCAGACCACAACUAUUGUCGGAAAACGCUUUUCUUACUACAUAUUUAUUUUUUCCAACUCAAUUUUGAGAUGUGCAAAUAAUGAUAUCUGGUUUGACGCUGUAUUUUUUUGUUGUUGUUUUUUUUUUUACUGUAAAAUAAAUGUAGAAUGACAUUUUAAA